GCCAGUUCAAUGUGAACCGAACCAGAGGACGGACAAUCGUGAUAGAACGUUCCUGAAAACGAUUGGCUCUGCUGGUUGAUUUAAAUUUCUGACGUCAUGCGCGAAACAGCCCAUCUGUCCGCGAUGCUUCUUCAUGUCCAGCUGUCCCUCGUUUUGGCAGUACGCUGAGAGAAUAUUUUCCGAGUGGCCAUCACCGUACGGUUUUUGGUGAAAGUGCAUAGCCCUGAAUACUGAGGGUGAAAAUUCAGCGUUAGUGGUACGCUCGUUACUUAGACGAUCGGUUUUUUGUUUGGAGGUGAUUCUCUUAACGCGGAAGAAAAGGCUCGCGGCAACGUGUAACGGUAUCAGCAAGCAGCGCAACACAGAACGACCUUCUGAUACUCGCAUAAGGCAAAGACGUACGCAGCAUCCUGUUCUAGGAUUAAAAAGCAGCUCGCUCGUAAGAGGAGUUGGGUCGCAAGAAGCGAUCAUAGAUAAUUCAGAACCCGUUGGACUCUUGACUUUUGGAGACCUAUUACGCCAGUGAGAGUAACCCUACAGGGACAUUCAAUACACACGCUACAUAUUCAACGUUUUACCAAGUUCGGGACGACCUAGCCGUUCGUCAGGAAUGUCCACUCCUGCGAGAAGGAGACUCAUGAGAGACUUCAAGAGGUUACAAGAAGAUCCACCCACUGGAGUGUCAGGUGCACCAACAGAUAAUAAUAUCAUGAUAUGGAAUGCAGUUAUAUUUGGACCACACGACACUCCCUUUGAGGAUGGUACUUUCAAACUAACAAUAGAGUUCACAGAGGAAUAUCCAAACAAACCACCCACAGUGAGAUUUGUCAGUAAGAUGUUCCACCCUAACGUAUAUGCCGAUGGAGGAAUCUGUCUAGACAUAUUACAGAACCGCUGGAGUCCAACGUACGACGUCUCUGCUAUUCUGACAUCCAUACAGUCUCUUUUGGAUGAGCCAAAUCCGAAUUCUCCAGCGAAUUCUCUUGCGGCUCAAUUGUAUCAAGAAAAUAAGCGCGAAUAUGAGAAAAGAGUCGCAACGGUCGUUGAGCAGUCUUGGUUGAACUUUCAAGAAAGCCAUACGGAGGAUCCUCGCUGACAUUAGGUUCUUCGAAGAAAUAAAAGAAAUGGGAGAAAAGGAGAAGCAGAUGUAGAGGCAGACUAAUAACAUGGAGUAACGCCAUGAGCAUAUGUGAUCAUCAUAAUUAUACAUAUACUUCAUAUCAUUUUUUAGCUCAUCCACAAUGUAAUUUUUAGAUAUUCUUCGAGUAAUAUUAGAUUAUGCACACUAAUAAACAAUAAGUAUAUAGAGAUUAAUGCACUUCAGAUUGAACGUUUGAUGUAGUGAAUUUUUAAAGAAAAUGUAGUAUUGGGAUAAGAGGAGUGAUAAGAUGGGAAUAAGACACAAAUUUUUCUUCAUUUAGAAAUUUCUUAGGAAUAUUUAACAGUCUGCUAUGAACGACCGUGUCGUAAAGAUAAUUUUAGCAGGUAUUUGUUAAAAUGAAUGGUCAGAAUCCAUUUAUCAAAGAAUUUAUUGGUCAACAAAACCAUAUAUUGUAAACGAAAUCACUUACUCAUAUACAUAAUUACAGUUACCGAUGUAAUUAAUUGAUCAGUGUAAUUAAAAAGAAUUGCCAGUAAUA